GGCCGGGCGCGCUGCAGGGCUGCCCGGCCGCGGGGGCCGCCAUGCCCGCCAAGUCCAAGUACAACCUGGUGGACGACCGGCACGACCUGCGCAUCCCGCUGCACAACGAGGACGCCUUCCAGCACGGCAUCUGCUUCGAGGCCAAGUACAUCGGGAGCCUGGAUGUGCCACGGCCAAACAGCCGCGUGGAGAUCGUCACAGCCAUGCGGCGCAUCAGGUAUGAGUUUAAAGCCAAGAAUAUCAAGAAGAAGAAAGUGAACCUCAUUGUGUCGGUGGACGGUGUGAAGGUCAUUCUGAAGAAGAAGAAGAAGCUUCUUUCAUUGCAGAAAAGAGAAUGGGCCUGGGACGAGAACAAAAUGCUCGUCAUGCAUGAUCCCAUCUACAGGAUAUUCUAUGUGUCUCAUGACUCCCAGGACCUAAAGAUCUUCAGCUACAUUGCCAGGGAUGGCUCUAGCAACGUCUUCAGGUGCAAUGUCUUCAAGUCCAAGAAGAAGAGCCAGGCCAUGCGGAUCGUGCGCACGGUGGGGCAGGCGUUCGAGGUGUGCCACAAGCUGAGCCUGCAGCACACGCAGCAGAACGCUGAUGGCCAGGAGGAUGCAGACAGUGAGAGGAAUGGAGAUGACCUGGAUGUCCCAGCCUGUCGCCUCUCAGGCGUGGAGAGAGCGGCUGCCUCUGCUGAGGAGACCGACAUCGACGCCGUGGAGCUGCCACUGCCCGGGGCUGACAUCCUGGACUUCAGCCGCGGUGUCACCGACCUGGACGCCGUGGGCAAGGAGAGCUGCCUCCAUCCUGAAGAUAUCCUGACAGCGUCACCCAAGAUGCUGCUGCCCUCAUCUGCCCAGCUGCCCGACCUGGGAACACCCCUGUCUGCCCACCACCAGAUGCAGCUUCUCCAGCAGCUCCUGCAGCAGCAGCAGCAGCAGACACAAGUGGCCGUGGCACAGGUCCACCUGCUGAAGGACCAGCUGGCAGCAGAAGCAGCAGCACGGCUGGAGGCCCAGGCUCGUGUGCACCAGCUCCUGCUCCAGAACAAGGACUUGCUGCAGCACAUCUCACUCCUGGUCAAACAGGUGCAGGAGCUGGAGCUGAAGCUGGCGGGGAACACGACCACAGGCUCCCAGGACAGUCUGCUGGAGAUCACCUUCCGCUCCAACGUGCUGCCCGUGCUGUGCGACCCGACCACCCCGCAGCCCGAGGACACGCACCCGCCGCCGCUGGGCCCCAGCUCGGCAUUCCCCAGCGCCGUGGGCAGCCCCAUAGGUAGGAACGACUGCCUGGUGAAGCUGGAGUGCUACCGCUUCCUGCCCGACUCGGGGCCGCCCGCCCCGGAGCCGGCCCUGGGCAGCCUGGAGCUCAUCAAGUUCCGCGAGUCGGGCAUCGCCUCCGAGUACGAGUCCAACACGGACGAGAGCGAGGAGCGCGACUCCUGGUCCCAGGAGGAGCCGCCGCGCCUGCUCCACGUGCAGCCCAGGCAGGACCUGGGCGACAGCCUGGAGGACGAGAUCGCGGUGUAGGGGUCAGCACGAGGUGGUGCAGAGCUGCCAGGACCUGCUGGAGCUGGGAAGGACCCUGGCCGCAGCCCUGCGGCCCUGGUAGGGAGGGAGGGGGGGCAGAGGAGGGAGCAGGAGGAUUCCAGCGCCCGGUCAGGAGCGUGGAGGUGAGGAUGGAGCCGUGACCAGGGGAGCUGCAGCAUCCCUGCUUUGCAGCAGACACUGAGAUUACAGCUCCUCGUGCUGCCCCCUGGCCCCGUCUCCCUUCGAACUGUGUGUCAAGGUCAGGAAGAGGCAAGGGACUUGUGCUGGAUGCUGCUGGGGAAGCAGUAAAGCAGAGGAAGGGUUCUGCUGGGAAUGAAGAGCAAUCUAUGGCAGUGAGCGGGGACAAGAGGGACCGAGGGGGCAGCUCCAAGGUGUGAGCAAGGACAGAGCAGCUGGUCUGGCGCUCUGUGUGCUGGGCAGGGUGGGGAUGAGAGCAGGGCUGUGCUAGGUGAGAGUUGGUGACGAUGCACUGUCAGAGUGGGUCUGUGAGUGAGACGUGAGGCAUUGAGGGACAGUGGGGAUGAGCCUGGAAAGGAUCUGAAGGGGUGAGAUGAGGUUGCUCAGGCUGGCCUGGUGCAGGCAGUUGCUGGCAGGAGGAUGUGGCACUUCCAGGAGAGGGUUUAUCCGUGCCAAGGCAGGUGGAGCCCGCUCCUCUGCCAGGCUGUGGAGCAGAGAGGAAGGCACAGCAAAGUGUGGAGCAGGGAGCCAGGGCAUGCAGCACCAAGCUGUGAAGUGUCCUGCCCCUCAUCAUCCAAUCCUUUGUCUCCUUGGCCAGCUGCCAGGACCUCAAAGCCUUUCUCCUGCUCUCAAGUCACAUUUCCAAGCAGUUCCCAUCACCACAAACUCCCUGCUUUGCUUUAUAGACAAACCCUCCCAUUUCCAAGCAGCUGUUUUGCCCCAGACCAAGGCUGGGAGCUGCAGUGCUGGCAUUGGCAUCUUCACGGAUGAGCACACUUCCAGCCCUCAAUGGGGAGUGGACUGCUGGUGUCUGCAGGGGUGUUUCAUCACACCUCUGGUUUGCACCCUCUGGAAAAGUGAAUCCAAGAUCUCGUGGUCCCCCCACCAGCUCUCGAGACACUUAACAGCUGAAAGCCAUCUGUGGGGGCCUCCAAGGGACUCAGAGCUUGUUCCUUUUCUGCACACACUUGUAUCACCUGCCUGGUGCUGAGCCUCUAAGAGGCCAUGGUUGAAGGGGUAUGAACCAAAGUCCUGAUGUCCACCCUGCUUCAUGUGGAAGCACUCACUGAGGUGGGGAUUUGGCACAGUUGUCUUCCUCCCCAUCCUCCCUCCUAUCCUGCUUCUGCUUUGAUUUGUUGCUUCCAUGCUGCUCUCACCUUUGCCAGCUCUGUCUCUGCUCAAUCUGCCUGCAACUAACCCCUGGCUGACACCACCUCUUGCUCUCCUCCAGGGCUUAGCCUGGCUGCUGAGGAAGGUCCAUCACUUCUCUCUGCCCUGGUCCCCUUGGGACUGAGGGCUGCUGAGGAGUGAUGUGUGGAUGAGGUCCCCUGGGUCAGCACGAGCUGAGCUAUGCACCCUCCACCACAUGGCAGGACUGGAUGGACUUGAGGAGCUAGAGGGUCUAGUGGGAAGGAAAGAAGGACAUGUUUCAGUGUCCCCAGCAGUGUCCUGGUGUCCAGGGGAGCUCUGCACCAGCUGCCCAGCAGGCAGAGUGUGAGAGGGUGCUGUUUGGUACGUGGUGCUCCUGUCCUCUCAUGCCCUGUCCCUCAUAGCUGGGGACAGCUGUGCCGGCUCCUCUGCUGGGGACCCGAUAUCCCACUGCCAGCUUGCAGCAGUUGAAGGUGAAGGCAAGGGGAGAGAGGCUGGUCCAGCUAGGAGGAGGAAGUGGGCAUGGCAGCACGCACGAGGCAUGGCGCUUACGGGGUAGGGUAGGGGUGGGUGAGCUUGGACAGGGGUUUCCAUGUGGGCAGGCUGAUCAUUCAGGGGAAAGGACAGCAGGAGCUCAGCUGUACACACGGGGCAGAUGGAGGGAGAGGCUGAGAGGAGCAGCAGCAUUCCAGAGGUCUCUUCUCAGGAAGCAGGUGGGGGGAGCCAUCUCCUGAGCCCCCGCUGUGGUCCAUCCCAGCUGCACGCACAGAGAUGUGUGCUGUCCCACACACACAGCCCAGGCCUGUCCCAGCUCCUGCAGGGGCUGUCAGCACCAGCUGUGGCCUCGGGCUCCUGCCCCACACUCUGCCCACAGAAGACAGUGGCAGGUGCCCCACAGGCCAAGGGGGGGCCAGGUGGGAUCCUGCCAGCCCCAUGCUGUGCCAUGGGUGUACACGUGUAAAUGACCCCUCCUAAGUCAGCGCUGCCUCCAAGACUCCUCUCUAGCCUCUCACUUUUGUUAUGGACCUUGACAGGGGUUUUAUAGCUAUAUUUUUUGUCCUUUCUUUUCCUACAACUGUCGUAUUACUAACUGUUGACUCAAUCUAUCUGGGAAGCCAAUCUGUCAAUGUAAGUGCACUUAACCCUUGGGUGUUGUCAUUAGUCAACUGGCUUUUGCUAAAUAAAUCUUUCUAUUUCUCAA